GGUCCAUCUAACACCCCGCAGCGAGGGGCUACUGUCAUAGGUCUGAGUGGGAAUGGGACUGAGCUAGGGGGGGUAACAGCUCAGCUUUAAUAAAAACCCCAAACUCCCAUGGUCACCACAGACAGGCUGACCAGGAGCACAGGCACAGGAGGGGCCUAGAAAGUCAGAGAAUACAUAUCUGUGUGCGCUGUUACGCAUCGGUAAAUGCGCUUUUAUGCAUGUUAAGAAUUAAUGAUAAGGUGAGCUUUUACUCGUGUGUGGACAUUGUGGUCUCAGUCAUGACCCUCUCCAAGGAGUUUGAAGCGUCCCAGCAGACUGGCUUUCCCCUGGACGCAAAUGAGGUAGACGUUGUUGGAGACGACGAGCCUCUCCAUGGCCAGCUUCGUCUCUAUCGGACCGAGAACACCAUCGAACCUAGCUCCUCCGCCGAGUCCAGCGCCGAACUGGACUGUUCUGAGUUCGACUCGUCCGGGGAGAGCGAUAACAGUUUCUGUGCAGACGCGCCUUCAUCGGGGAGACCACAGAACGGUUCUGUAAAGCCCCCGUAUUCCUACAUCGCUCUCAUCACCAUGGCGAUCCUACAGAGUCCUCUGAAGAAACUGACACUGAGUGGCAUCUGCGACUUCAUUAGCAGCAAGUUCCGCUACUACCGGGAGAAGUUUCCGGCGUGGCAGAACUCCAUCAGGCACAACCUGUCACUCAACGACUGCUUUGUAAAGAUUCCGCGGGAGCCUGGAAACCCAGGCAAGGGCAACUACUGGUCUCUGGACCCCGCAUCUGAGGACAUGUUUGACAACGGCAGCUUUCUCCGGCGCAGGAAGAGGUUUAAGAGAAACCAGCCGGAGUGUGUGAAAGAUGGACUCAUGUUUUACCCAAACUUCAGCUGUUACCGGCCUUACGUGCGACCUUACUGCGCCCAAGGCCAAGUGAGCGCACCGGCUGCCCCUCUCCCGUAUAUUCCGGUUCAGGACGGGCUCGUGAUGCCACCUUCCUCCUACUUACCGUACCCGAGAAUAAGCAGCAGUGGUAAGGUUGUUUCCCCCAGAGACUUCAGAAUGCAACUUUACGCAGCAACACCUGCAGAACAGAAGCCUGCGCGCGAUACCCAGAUAAAGUGUUCAUUCAGUAUUGACAGCAUUAUGAGUAAAACCUCUCCUUCUAUACCACAGAACACAAAUCCACAGAACUCCAACUCUCAUUGUUCUAUUGACUAUGGUAAUCUCCUCACGGGCCCCGCUAGUUGUUUCGUUCCGAGCCUGCGUCCAGCUCCAAGGACUCCAUUCUGCCCAAGUGCAAUGUUGAGCGCACCCCCUUUAAUAACAGAGGGUAUUCAAAUGUCUUAUCCUCGUUGUUAAAGUGUUUGUUUGUAGUAGCUAUAACCAAAUAAAUAUCUGUGUCUAAGUGAUACAAUUCUAUAGGCUUAAUGGAGAGACCUUUACGCAUUUCUCAGAGAAAUGAUUUAAACUGCAUGUUAUUUGUGUUCAUUCCAUGUUGAAUAUGUCAAAAGAAGUUAAUGUAAAUAAGAAGGCUGAUAAUAUAUUUGUUAAAAUAUGGUGUCAAUGUAAAAAUGGAAAUAAAAGUGGAAGCACUUUUGCCAAUUGUAUAGAAAAUAGGCCUACAUUGUAUUGUGAUUUUCCCGAAUGUUUCGACAUUGAAAUGAAGCAAUAAAUG